CGUAAAAAAUCCGUUAACAACAGCAAAAACCUGAGAUGGACACCACCGAAGACGACUGGUAGUUUUUGUUCUUUAUCUGAAAUGUGUAUCUAUUUGGGCGCCCAGGACCGCUUGUGAACAUGGAGGCCAUGGAGGAGGACAGUUUGGACAUGAAAGACGAUCACAACCACAACUAUUGUGCGAGCGGCAGCAGUAAAGUCCGGCCGUAUCUUAGCAGCCAGCUGUCGGAUGUAUCGACGGUCCCGCAGCCCGUCUGUGCGACGGUGCCGGCAGGAGAAGCGGGGAGUCGGCAGGGGAAACUGUGGUCCGGUGGCACCGGCGGGUCAAAGUUCAUGGACUCAGAUACCGGCAGCGAGAGCAGCGAAGUCAGCGAGACGGACUGUGCAGCUCCACCAGUCGCUACCGGGGGAAAAUUCUCCCUCGAUUCUACUUCAAAGUUCCUUCUGAAUGCAAUGGCUGUAGAAGACUACAGGAAAAACCACUGGCCAAACCUGGAGAAGGCCAUUGACCGUCUGCUUAUCCAGAACCCCACAGACCACAUCUCAGUUUCCUAUGCACAGAUAUACAGUUACAUCUACAAGUGUGUUUGUCAGCAGCACUCCGAGCUGCUCUACAGUGAUCUCACGUCGAAAAUAACCAGUCAUCUGCAGGAGGUUUCCACACAUCUACAAGCCAGCCCACCCGAGAACUUCAUUGAGAACUUCAACGUUGCUCUGACACAAUACACAGCUUCUCUUCAAUGUAUAGUUCCUGUAUUUAUGUACUUGAACAAGUUCUACAUUGAGUCUAAACUGAACAGGGAUCUAAGAGAGGAUCUGAUGAAGCUGUUCGCCGAUCAAGUUGCAGAAAAACAUGUGAACACACUGAUGCCUCUUCUCAUCAAAGCCCACUCCAUGCCCUUUCAAGUGCAGCCAUCAACAAUGGCCAGCGUUGUUAAGGGCCUCUACAGCCUACGACCAGAGUGGGCCCAGCUAGCUCCAGCUCUCUUCUCUGGGUUUAUUCCCCAAAUCAACCCUCCUGCUGUGGAGUCUCUGCUGUCUGAUUACGCUGCACAUGACCAGAAGCUACAGAUGGAGCUCUCUAUGAACGGAUUCCCACGAGGUGACCAGUCUCGCAAACGAGCCAGUGAAGACUCCUGAUAGCAGGGCCAGCAUCUCCAGAUUUGUUGCACGACUGUUACUGUGCCUCCUACAUCUCUAUCACAAGUCGUCUCACUGCACUAGGUACAAUGCUAACAGUGUAUCAGUUUCAUUUCUCUCGACUCAAGGUCACAAAACACUGUGAACAACAAAGAGAACAUCAUGUUGAGCAGAAGCUUAAUCUUACUGCACUGAACAAAAGCACACAGACUUCCAUUAUGGUGCUUCCCCCUGUGAUUAUGAUGCAUCUAGCUUCAGUAAGCCUUGUGCGCUGAGAUGGAUUUCCUCAUGUUCUGCUCAUUUGAAGAGUGCCUUUGUGGUGUCUGUUUGAUUGGAUACCCUGACAAGGGAUGGUUUGACAAUGGGUAUUUCAUUCCUAACCUUUAACAUGGAAGCGUCUUGUGUUGUUUUUAUAAACGGGGCUAAUCAAGACUUUCUAUUGCUGCUAAUAAUACUGUCCAAGUGUUAAUACCACAAAUCCUUUGGUUUCACCCACUGUGUGUGUAACCCAGUGGCUACAAUCAACACAUAUGAGUGAGGAAAGAAGUUGCAACUAAGUCAUUGACCUCAACUAUAAUUCUCUUCCUCAUGUUGCCUUUACUGUAUUGGUAAACCAGAUUGUAUUUUCCAGUUAUGCCAAAGAGGAUUGCAGUACUUUUUUGUUUCCUUUAUAUAUACAAGGCAUUGGACUCAAGCUGACAUGCAGUCCAAGUCACUGAGCCAUUUAAUUUUUUUGUACUAACAAGUUUUGAGCUUUGGUUUACCUUCGUGUUUGUUAGGAUUGAGUCAGAUUCUACCUUUAAUUACACAGUGUGCAACAGAAUCAGAGAAUCCCUUUGCAAUCACCCUUAAAUGUCAAAUGUUUCAAAAAUGUUAUUGUCUUGCAGUAAGUGUAUUCAUUUUUGAACAGUAGGGUAUUUUCUCUGUAAAAUGAAAAAAUCCCUGUUUAGGUUUACUAUAUUAAACAUACUGGCUCACUGUAGGAGCUCAUUGCAGCAAGAGUCAAUACACCUCUUACUACUGAGAAUCAAAUCUUACUUUUCUUAUUUUUCAUUACUUCCUAUGUCCACUUUCAUAUUUGAUGACAGACUAAAUCCUCCUCUGCAUGGAGGAUACCAGUGUAGCACAAAUGUCCACCUCUUUUCUGAAGGGGCUGUGUUGCUCUACCUUUCUCCUUAAAUACCCCAAAGGUUUUGUAUCAGAUUCAAGUCAGGUGACAUUUUUGCCAGUUCAUAGUUUUCAAUUUGUUCUGCAGACUGGGAGUCAUGUUGUCAGCCAGUGUUUUGUAUAUGUACAGCAAUUCAUGGUGCAUCUAUAAACAUCAUCACACUCCCACCUCCAUGCUUCACUGUCAGGACUAUGCAUUCACUGUGGUAGUACUGACCAAGUCCACACUCAACAUGCUGGACACCAUCUUAGGCAAACAAAUUUGUCUUGGUCUCAUCUGACCCAAAAAUGUGCUCUCAACACUCAUCAGGCUUCCUUUUGUGUUUUUUAGCAAAGUCUAUUCUUCAAGUUAGUGCCAAAGGGCAGGCAAGCAUUUUUUCUUGAAAGCUGUCCACAGAAGUUGAUGGUAUGAACUGUUCUUCACACCAUCUGAGCUGUGACAGAAACUCUUGAUUUUGACUUACAACCUCUGUGUCUAGUUUAAAACAUCUGCAUGUUGAUUUUUAGGAGGUAGCUUGUGAAAGUAAUACAAUGUCCAUGGUGUCAUUUUAUAAGAACAACUCCUGCAGCUCUGAUUAGUGGUACUACGGCUCGUUCAAUUCCUCCUGAUUACUACUGCAUCUAGUUGGUCACCAAUGUUCCUGUAUUGUUUUCUGUCUUUGGGAAGUCUCACAAUUAGAUUUUUCAAAUUCUCUGGCAAUUCUUUUUCAAGUUGAGCCAUGAUGCAGACAUGCAGAUAGACACAGACUGCUGAUCUCAUUUUUUAUUUUUAUUUUAUUUUAUUUUUUUGCAGUUAUGUUUUCAUGGGUGUACUCAGUUUAGUCAGCUUUAUUUCAGUUUUUCGUUUUGUUGCAAACACUUUAUUUGUCAAUUUUGAAAUAACGCAAUCGUCAAGAGAUAAUACAAUUUGGAAUCUUUUAACACUAAAGGGGUUUUGUGCAGGGGUGUUAUACUUCUGUAAUAUGCUGUAACCUAUUUGACUUUUCACUGAGCAUCAGGAAGCUUAGAAAACUACGGAAUAGUAUUUGAUUCCCUGAUUUUACUUCGGCUUGCCUGAAUUGCCCCAAUUCUAACCCAAUGUUUCACUGAUUAAAAAACAAAAAAAGAUAUGCAAAUCUUGUUUAGGUCUGGCACACUUGUGAAUUAAAUGCUCUUAACAUGUACAAAACCGUUCCAAAGUUUGGAGUCACUUUGAAAUGACCUUAUUUUUGAAAGAAAAGCAUUUUUUCAAUGAAGAUAACAUUAAAUUAAUCAGAAAUACAUUCUAGACAUUGUUUAUGUGAUAAAUGACAAUUUUGCUGGAAACGGCUGAUUUUUAAUGAAAUAUCUACAUAGCGGUUCAGAGGAACAUUUCCAGCAACCAUCACUCCUGUCUUCUAAUGCUACAUUGUGUUAGCUAAUGGUGUUGAAAGGUUAAUAGAUGAUUAGAAAACCCUUGUGAAAUUAUGUUAGCACAUGAAUGGAUGUGUGGGUUUUCAAGGAAAACAUGAAAUUGCCUGGGUGACCCCAAACUUUUGAACGGUAGUCUAUACCCUGUUAAUGAUGUAAAUAGUUUUUGUCUCUGCAUAGCGCUCCAUAUACAUGAGCUUUUGUCACAGAUGCAUUUUUUUUGUUAAAGGAUUCACUUGAAAUAGAAGCAUUUGAUACAAGGUCUUACACUGUUUUAAGUGUGAUUAGAUGCUCAGGCUUGCUUUUUUGUUUGGUUCUCGUCAUCUUUCUAAUAAACUAAUUUCAUUAAUCAUGGGACACAAGAUAUGGAGGUGAUUCUGUUUUUCAUUAUUCACGAUUUAAUUGGGUCUUGAGAAAUGUUGAUCUCAUCAGUAAGUAUGCAUUACAGAAAAAAAAAACUGAUACCACAGAGGAAAAUCUGAAUCAGUGUUGAUGCCAAACACUGGAUAUUCUAAGUUACUUGUAUCACUUUUUCUUUAACAUGCUAUAUCCACGUUAUGACUACUGUGAAUAAAAUUCCACUUGCCUCAAAA